AUGCCGCCAGCUCCAGAAUCGCUGCUUCGGACAGCUCGCCGAUAUCUCGUCGGUGUGGGUCUGCUUCUUGGGGUGGUCCUCCUCUGGACAGUCUCGAACUUCAUCACGAACAGCUUGGAGACUGGCGAGAAGGCUUGGAAUAAGCCCUUCUUAAUAACCUAUAUUGAUACGGCGGGCUUUACGGUCUACCUGAUCCCGACGUUGCUACGCUACUGGAGAGGAGAGCUCCAUUCUGACAAGCGCUCGGAAGCAUAUCAGCCCUUAUCGCAAUCGGAAGACCCCUCCAACCCGUCAAAUCGGUCCGCCCGAUCCCGCUCGCCCUCCGCAUCGCCGUACCGUCCUCCUCGCUCGAUCGACCUCGACUCCGCACCCCUGACGGAGUCUCAGCUUCCGGGAGAGCUUCCGAAGCUGACUAUCCGCGAGACCGCCCAGGUCGCUGCAUGGUGGGCGGCAGUAUGGUUCGCGGCGAACUGGGCUGUAAAUGCCAGUCUGGCCUGGACUAGCGUGGCGAGUGUGACUAUUCUCAGCAGUACUAGUGGAUUCUUUACUUUAGCCUUGGGCCGUAUGGUCGGCGUCGAGUCUCUUACCCGGACCAAAUUCCUGGCCGUGCUAGCUAGCUUUGUCGGAGUGGUCAUGGUCACUCGCUCAGACUCUACCCUUUCCUCCUCAUCCUCAUCCACCCUCUCCGACCUCCCCGCGCACCCUGUCCUCGGUGACCUUGCGGCGAUUCUCUCGGCAUGCUUCUACGCCAAAUAUGUGAUCCUCCUCAAGAAGCAAGUCGGCGACGAAGAUCGAGCGGAUAUGCAGCUCAUGCUUGGUUUUGCCGGCCUCUUCAGCACGACGCUCCUUCUCCCCCUCAUCCCCAUCCUACACUAUCUCAACUGGGAGCCAUUCGAGCUGCCCCCAACAAGGACAGCCUGGAUCAUCUGCGGCAUCAAUAUGGCCAUCACGCUUUCAAGCGAUUACAUGUACAUGCUCGCCAUGCUCAAAACAACGCCUAUGCUUGCGACCGUCGGACUAUCCCUCACAAUCCCUCUCGCCCUUGUCGGGUCACUCUUCAUCCCCUCGUCGAGCCCGGAUGCGAUCACACCACUCUCGCUAGGCGGGGCCGUAUUGGUUGUAUCAGCCUUUGGGAUGCUGGGUUUACAAGGCUGGAGGGAGAGUAUGGGGAGCGACCAAGCCUCCCCAGUGGAUCAGACGGAACAUAGCGGAGAUGGGCAAGUCGCAGUAUGA